AUGAUGAUAAGAGCAGUCAAAUAUGGAAUUUACUGGCCAAAUUUUGGAACAAGAAUUGAAAAUGAUUAUUUUGCAUUUUACCAACCUGAAUUGUUACUCAACGAUAUAUACAAAUUGCCACAGAGUGUUUUCUUCCCAUGGUCAAACAUAAAGGCUCGGAAUUCCAAAGUUUUCGCUGAAUUCAUCAUUGAAAAAAUUUAUGACUUGUAUACAAUUGUUAAACACAUGAGCGAUACAACGAAACAAUACUUCGACCAAGAAUUUAUUUCUUUCAUUGAUUUUGUUUUUAACAUGUAUGAUAAGCAAAAUAAGGAAUUUUAUGAACCAGUUCUUAAAGCACUUCUUUCAGUACUAUCAGUAAUACCAAUGAGACCUUAUCUUGUUAAAUGUGUUAUCACAAACUUGGAUAAACUUUUCAAAACAGAUAUUAUCUGGAAAUACUUUAUCAAGCAAGAUUCCAAUUUUACUGAGUUAAUAUUGAAAUAUUUGAUCAAUUAUGGAGAAAGCACCGAAAGACAACAAAUCGAAAAACCAACAUCAAUCUCAUUAAACACAACAAUUUUCGCUCCUGAAAAUGUUUGUGGAGAUAUCGAAACUUAUUUUGCAACUCCUUUCAGAAAGAUUAAAGUAACACAGAAAGAUUUUGUUAAAGGACAAGUAAAUCAAAAUGCUUUCUUUAACUACGAAGAAUUGUUAUCCGAAUCAGCAGAGAUCAAUGGACAAAAUGUGAGCAUUGAUAUCAUUGGAAACAAUAAAAGUACUCAAUAUAUUCUUGAAGGAAUUGUCUCGAAAAUCUGUUCCCAAGAUUUUUCAAAAGCAGAUCCAACAUAUGCUUUAUUCCCAUAUUUAUUCAUCAAAUGCGCUCAAAACUCAACAAAAUCAAUUCCUCUAACGGAAAUGGAGCAAGCUCAUGCUGAUAUAUUGAGCCUUCCGCAUUGCGAUAAACCCAAUGAAGAAUACUCUAAUUUUAGAACGAAUUUGAGAGAUGUUUAUUCUGCAGCCGAAAGGGAUUAUCAAAAUCCAAAAAGUAUUUUCCAUAUCAUCGCAAAGGCAACAACACAAAAAAUGUUUAGAAAGAGGACAUUUAAUAUUGACGUUGAAGUCCUUACAGUUAAAAUAAUGCUUUCAAUCAUUUGGUCAUGCAAUUUGUUAAAGGAAUAUACUGAAUUCGAAACAGAACCAACUAUAGCAAAGUUUGAUACAAUUUUCAAACCUUACUUACCAAAGGUACAAAAGAUAAAAUUAGAAUUAAUUAAUCUUUUGAACACUACGGAAUAUAGUGGAGUGUUGAAUUCAAUAAACCGAAAAUUCCAUACUAUAAUUGAAAAAGCUUAUCUUGAUCCAACAGACGAUCAACAAGCUAAUAAAUCAACAGACAAUCAGCAACCAAAGCCUUCUCCACAGACUGCGAGAUAUGAAAAAAUAAUUGCUUUUUAUUCUUUUGAAUUUGAUUAUACAGAAUUGGUUGCGAUCGAAAAAAAUAAGUCAUUAAGAGAAGAGUUGCCAAAUGAAGUGAAUUUGAUAAUCUUGAAUUUCUUCAAAAAACUUCGCAAAUUGAAAGCAGAAUCAUUUGCUAUUCCUUUUGCGAGAAGUUUAGUUCAACAUUUAGAUUUCAUUAUCUACCCAGAAACAGGAAAAAAUCACAAAAUCAUAAAAGCCUGUCAAAAAUUCAAUGAUGUUGUGAUCAAUUGUCACUUGAUUAGUAAAGAGGGUAACGAUCAGACAAUUGCUAAUCUCAUCAAUAACAUUUCACAAAGUUAUGAAGAACACAACACAGAGCAAGCUGAUAUGAAAUUGGCAUUAAUGACUCUUAAAACAAUGGGAAUAGCAAUUAAUAAUCCUGUAGAAUGCAAUGAAUCGCUACCUAUACCAGGAAAAGAUGAAGAAAAUUAUCUAUUUAAAUUAGCUUAUGCGAGAGCAACAUUUACAGAUUCGAACUGGCAGGUUUCGGAGAAUAUCUGCAAAAUUAGAACCGAACACAAAGACAAAAUUCUUGAAAAAAUCGAAGCUAACGACGAUGAAAAUGUUAGCUUGGGUGCGAUGAUUGCAUUGGGUGCUGAAAUAUUUGAUUCAGAAGUUACAAGAUACAUCAAGAUCAAAGGAAAGACAGAGCUUGCAAAUAAUCAUGACGUGGAUGUUCAAAGGAAUUCUCAAGCUUGUUUCCAAAUUGAUCCUCCAAAGUUUAAUGUUACUGCCAAAUUAACAGCGAAAAUGAUUGAGUUUAUCGAUAAAGUUGAUCUUGAUAUCCAAGCAACACCUUCUCAAAAACCAGCUGACAAUUCACAAAAACCAUUGGAUACUCCACAAAAAAUUGCAGAAAAGGCAAUCAAAAAUUGCAUUAUUUUGUCAUUUUUAUCAAAAUUAUUUGAUGCUGUAUCUGACAAGAACAAAUUUGCUGAAAAAUUCCCGAAGAUGAAGGAAAUAUGCAAGAAGUUCAAAGAUACAGUAGUUCCAAAUUACACAAACUCCAAGUACUCUUACUUCAUCAGACAGCAGCUGAAAAGAGUUUGUGAAAAGAAUGGUAUUAAAGACAAAUUUAUUCCUUUGACACAUUGCGGUGAAUGCAAGGAUUCUAUGUUCAAUGGCAGUCCUGAUACAUCAUCAUUCUUCGUCCAUACGAAAAUGAUUGAUGUCAAUAAUGCUAUAGAAAUUUCAUUCACAGAUAUGAAGACUCAACUCAAAUAUAUUGGUUUCAUUUCUGAAAACUGGGAUUGCACAUUCCUCAGUUUGCUUGAUAGGAAUAUCUACAUGGAUAAGAAGUUUGUCCCUUACACAGGCUCAUUGUCAAAUAUAACUUUGUGGAUGGACAAUAACUACCUUUGUUUCGGAAAUGUCAAAAUCGACAGCGGUGAAACAAAGAAACGCUGGGCAUUUGUUAUCACAGUUUGCGAUGAUUCUCUUGUCGAAUACAAGUUUGUACAACCAAGGAGCACUUCACUUAAAGCUAAUGCACCUCCAACAAAGCAACAUAGAUUUAACCUCAAUAUGAUUUUCCCCAAAGUUUGUCUCGGAAUGCAAGUGAAAAUCGAAAACCAUUCUGAUGUAAAUAUAUCCAGAUUGGAAGCUAAUUACGGUUAUACUAUUACAGGCUGCAAUUUCGAAAACAGAUCAACAGAAACUUACAUUGUUCCUGCAAAUCAAAUCACAACACAAUACACCCCAUUUGACACCGUUAUGAUUUGCGCAGAAAUAGAAAACAGAAUCGGAGAUCCAACACAAUUAUUAAAUGAUUUGUUACAAACAUGUAAGAACUACUCGAUUUCAUUGAUCAAGACAAUGCUUCCUUAUUAUCUUCCAGAAAUUAAUAGCGAAAUGGCAUUGAAUAUGAUCACGAAAUUGUCUGACACAUCAUCAAAGCAAGAACUGGACCAAAUUAAAGCACUAAUGAAAGGAAAAGAAAACGAUAUCAAGGCCAAAUUAGAAAAUACUGUAAUGGAAGGUGAAAAAGAUCCAAAAUUCACUGCUGGCAGAGAUAUCAAUCAACUUUACAAUUCCACUUACGGUGCAUCACAGAUCGGUAUCUUCCAAGCAUGGAAUCACGGUAUUUUCUAUGAAAAGACAUUCGUACAAGGCCUUAAAUUGUUCUUCAAGUAUAAGAAAGUUUGCCUCGGUUUCAUUCCAAUGAUUCUUAAAACAUUCAAUAAGAAUCUUCCAAAUGAUUUGGAAUCAGCAAAGAUGAUCCUUAACUUCUUCAACAAUCCAACAUACGAGGGCUACUUCAGCAACAUGUCUGAAAAGGAUUACACAGAAUAUUUCAACAACUUAGUUACUUUUGUUUUCGAACGCGAUCCAAAUACAAUUGUCGCUAAACAAGCACAUUCAUCAUUGAUCAACAAAUGUGCACAGUCACUUAUUGGCGACUUGUUCACUCUUGGUAAAAAUGUAUCUAACAAAGCGAAACGAAUGCCACCAUUGCUUCUUUUCUCCGACAAAGGUGCAACAUUUUCAAAGUGCGUUGUCAAGAACAAUAAUUACUAUCCUGUUGAAAUUUUGUUGCCAAAUGGCACAACCAAAAUCAUCACAAGUAAUUCAUAUUCUUCUUGCGAAGCUAACAAAGGAUACAGAUACCAUUUUGGCACUGAUGGCAAACAAGUUUUGUCUGACUGGAAGAAUUACAUCGAAAAGGAUUUCUCCGGAGUUUAUAAACCACUUUUAGUCGAUUACAUGUUGAAGAAUAAGAUCUGUGACGCUAAAAUCGGUGAUUACCCAUCAAUUAUCUUAUUCUUUGCAAACAUCGGUUUAUCUACAUUGACAGAAGUUAGUGAUGAUUACUUCGAUUAUUCCACACCAGAACUGAAUCCUAUUGACAAUUACUUUAAUGAUGAUGCCAACAUUAAAGUUGGAUGGUUAGGCGAUUUCAGAGAUUGGGCUGCUGAAGGAACAAUCGGAUAUUUGAAGAUUGAUAUCACUAGGACACAUUCUCACGGUGUUGACUAUGAUUCUCCAAACCUUAUCAGAAUCAUUGAUUACCUUGCUAGAGAUGAAGCUCAUUUCCCAUCAAAAAUCAUCGCAUUCAGAGCAAAAGAAAACAAACUUAUGUAUUUCGCUGAAUACGAAGGAACAACUGGCCAAGAUGUCGGUGGUAUGUUCAGAGAUUCAUUCUUCCUUAUGGUCAAUGAAUUAAUGGAUGUUAAUAUCCGAUAUUUCAUCAAGCCACCAAGCACUCUUCAUUGUGAAAAGAAUCGCUUAGUUCCUGCAUCGAACUUACCAAUCAAAGUUGCAAGUACAAUUGGUUCUCUCAUUGCUAGUGCUAUUGCAACACGAAAUGCACACAAAGCUUGGAAUCUUCCACGAUUCAUUUGGGACAGUUUUGUUACUAACUCAGACCUUUCUCUGCUUGUUGACUGUGAUGACGAAAGUUAUUUCAACAGUCUCAAAAACAUUGUUAAUGCUAUGCGCAAAGGAUUCUGGAAAGUCAUUCCUCUUGACAAAGUUAAAAACUUCUCCGGCCGCUUCAUUGAAGGAUUAACAUGCGGUGUCAAGAAAGAACUUGACUUUAAUUCAUUCAUCGCCUACUUCAAUCCACCAGCAAGAAAUUGCGUUGUUUGGCCAGUUUUCACCCAAGCAAUUUCCAAAUUCACUUCUCAAGAAUUUUCCAAAUUAAUGGGAUUCAUAACUGGAAACGAAACUCCAAAGAAUGCAAAAGACUUUUGCUUGAAGUUAGCUGAUAAAUCAACAAGCUAUCAAGAUGAAAAUAGUUUCGCGCUUCCAUUUGCUCACACAUGUUUCAAUUUAAUUGAAAUUAUGCCAUAUAAAACACCAGAACUCCUAAGACAAAAAUUGAUAAUUUGCUUCUCAUUCCAAGCAGAAUUUAAUGAUUAA